AUGGUACUGGGGCUGGCGGAGGAGGCAAUUAUGGCAGUGGGAGGAGGAGGCUGCAAAAAGGGUGGCGGUGCAAGUGCUAAAGGAGGUGAAGCUGGUAGAGGCUAUGGGAAUGGAGGCGGUGCAGAAGUAGGGGGUGGUUACGGAGGAGGAGGCUAUGGAAAGAGAGGCAGUGAAGCUGGUGGAGGCUAUGAGAAAGGAGGCGGUGCAGGAGCAGCGGGUGGUUAUGGUGGAGGAGGUGAAGGUGGAGAAGGCUAUGGAAUGGGUGGUGGUGCAGGGGCUAAAGGAGGUGAAGCUGGUGGAGGCUAUGAGAAAGAAGACGGUGCAGGAGCAGGAGGUGGUUAUGGUGGAGGAGGUGAAGGUGGAGGUUAUGGGAAGAGGACUUAA